AUGGCUGAGCCAACGAUUCUCAUCAUAGGUGGUGGGACAUUCGGCACUUCCACGGCCUAUCACCUCUCUCGAACCUACACAGACCCCAGUCGCGUGACUGUAGUCGACCGGUGGGCACCGUCUGGCUCUGAAGCAAACGAGGCCGCCGCAAUAGACGUUAAUCGAAUUAUCCAAACAAAUUACGUGAGACCCCUUUAUUGCAACCUUGCUAGCGAAGCUAUCCAUCCGUGGUUUUGGGAUCUCAAUCUCGGCCACUUCUUUCACAAAACCGGGUGCGUGACAGUCGAUGAAGAGAAUAAUCAAUUUUCCGAAGCCGUGCGAAAGACACUCAAGCAAAGAGGAUCUGACUAUACCACCGAUGCCGAUGUUGAAGAUAUCGGAAAGCGAUGGAAGCCUCUCAAGGGACUAGAGACAAGUGGGCUGGGAACGGCAUUCUUCAAUCCAGAAGCUGGAUGGUGCGACGCAGCACUGGCAACCCAAAGUUUAAUGACCGCGGCGAAACGAAACGGAGACGAUGUGCCACAGAAGUUGAAAGAUGAAAGUCAGAAGCUCUUGAACACCAUGAUGCCUGACUUUGCGCAAGAAAAGAGCCCAGAUCGAUGGCGAAUAUGCUGGGAUGCAAAAACUCCUACAGAAGACUGGUUGCUCUGCCGGCAUCCGAAUCCAAAGCUUGAAAACCUCUUUCUGGCCGUCGGAGGUAACUUUGACACAUAUAAGUUCCUCCCGGUUGCUGGCAAAUACAUGUGUCAGAUCUUGCAAGGGAAGAACAACGGCGGGGAAAAGGACGCCGCCUGGGGCUGGAAAGACGAAGCCACCUUAAUGAACGCCGAGAAGAAGGAACUAGGUCCUAAGUCAAGUACUCUGUCAUUACCCGAGUUUCGAUCGUUUGAAGAAGGAAACCGGUCAUCCAAACUUUAG